CACCUAUAACGCCAUGUCCUCUUCUUCAUCCUCAAUGAUCGAUCUAAUGGCUGCAAUCAUCAAAGGAGAGCCAGUGGUUGUCUCCGACCCGGCUAAUGCCUCAGCUUACGAGUCUGUAGCAGCUGAAUUAUCCUCUAUGCUUAUAGAAAACCGUCAAUUCGCCAUGAUUGUGACCACCUCCAUAGCUGUUCUUAUUGGUUGCAUCGUUAUGCUCGUUUUGAGGAGAUCCGGUUCUUCUGGGGAUUCAAAACGCGUCGAACCUCCCAAGUCUUUGGUGAUUAAGCGUCGUGAUGAUUACGCUGCUGAUGAUGAUGAGUAUGAGGAGAAAUUGAAGAAAGAGGAUGUUGCUUUCUUCUUCUUAGCCACAUAUGGAGAUGGUGAGCCUACAGAUAAUGCAGCCAGAUUCUACAAAUGGUUCACUGAGGGGAAUGAUAGAGGAGAAUGGCUUACAAACUUUAAGUAUGGAGUGUUUGGAUUAGGAAACAGACAAUAUGAACAUUUUAAUAAGGUUGCUAAAGUUGUAGAUGACCUCCUUGUCGAACAAGGUGCACAGCGUAUUGUACAGGUUGGUCUUGGAGAUGAUGACCAAUGUAUCGAAGAUGACUUCACGGCUUGGCGAGAAGCAUUGUGGCCCGAGCUUGAUACAUUGCUUAGGGAAGAAGGUGAUACAGCUGUUGCCACACCAUACACUGCAGCUGUAUUAGAAUACAGAGUUUCUAUUCACGACUCUGAAGAUGCCAAAUUCAAUGAUAAAAUCAUGGCCAAUGGGAAUGGUCACACCGCUUUUGAUGCUCAACAUCCUUACAAAGCAAAUGUAGCCGUUAAAAAGGAGCUUCAUACUCCUGAGUCUGACCGUUCUUGCACCCAUUUGGAAUUUGACAUUGCUGGAAGUGGACUUACGUAUGAAACUGGAGAUCAUGUUGGUGUACUUUGUGAUAAUUUAAGUGAAACUGUAGAUGAAGCCCUGAAGUUGCUGGAUAUGUCACCUGAUACUUAUUUCUCACUUCACUCUGAAAAAGAAGAUGGCACACCAAUCAGCAGCUCACUUCCUCCUCCAUUCCCACCCUGUAACUUGAGAACAGCCCUUACACAAUAUGCAUGUCUAUUGAGUUCUCCUAAGAAGUCUGCUUUACUUGCUUUGUCUGCUCAUGCAUCUGAUCCCACCGAAGCAGAACGAUUGACACAUCUUGCUUCACCUGCUGGAAAGGAUGAAUAUUCAAAGUGGGUAGUAGAGAGUCAAAGGAGUUUACUAGAGGUGAUGGCCGAGUUUCCUUCAGCCAAGCCACCACUUGGUGUCUUCUUUGCUGGAGUUGCUCCAAGGUUGCAGCCUAGGUUCUAUUCGAUAUCAUCAUCUCCCAAGAUUGCAGAAACUAGAAUUCAUGUCACAUGUGCGCUGGUUCAUGAGAAGAUGCCAACCGGAAGGAUACAUAAGGGAGUGUGUUCGACUUGGAUGAAGAAUGCGGUGCCUUAUGAGAAGAGUGAAAACUGCUCCUCGGCUCCAAUAUUUGUCAGGCAAUCCAACUUCAAGCUUCCUUCUGAUUCUAAGGUACCGAUCAUCAUGAUUGGUCCAGGGACUGGAUUGGCUCCAUUCAGAGGUUUCCUUCAGGAAAGACUCGCGUUGGUAGAAUCUGGUGUUGAACUUGGACCAUCAGUUUUGUUCUUUGGAUGCAGAAACCGUAGAAUGGAUUUCAUCUACGAGGAAGAGCUGCAGCGAUUUGUUGAGAGCGGUGCUCUCGCAGAGCUAAUUGUUGCCUUCUCUCGUGAAGGACCCACCAAAGAAUAUGUACAGCACAAAAUGAUGGACAAGGCUUCUGAUAUCUGGAACAUGAUCUCUCGAGGAGCAUAUGUAUAUGUUUGCGGUGACGCAAAAGGCAUGGCAAGAGACGUUCACAGGUCCCUCCACACGAUAGCUCAAGAACAGGGAUCAAUGGAUUCAACUAAAGCAGAGGGUUUUGUGAAGAAUCUGCAAAUGAGUGGAAGAUAUCUGAGAGAUGUAUGGUAACGAGACUAUUGAAGCCACACACUCACUGUGUACUUAUAUUCAAUAUAUAUACGGCACAGAAGUGCCACACUGUGAUGAUCAUUAAGUUUGUGAUCGCAAGGAGAAAUGAACUUCCUUUUUUUCCAUUUUUAAUUUCUUUUCACAUGUUUUGAUAAAUCCUAUAUUUUUUUAUAACUCACUGCUAUAUAGCCCCCAACCAAAAGAAAAAAUGCAUAAGAUGUUGUGGUGGGUAUGUAUUUAUGAACGAUUGUGUUAUAUACAAAAGUCAGCACAUUUGGUAUGAAUUA